AUGAGCGACAAACCCCCACAUCUAGAUAUCCAGGUUGACGACGAUGCGCCUCCAACGCCGUACCGUCCAAAUCCCAAGGUGGCGGUGGUGGUCGCCGGCGCAGCUCUCGCGGUGACUUUUGGCCUGACACUCCUUGUGAUCCCUUACGUGCGGCAGGCGGCGAAGCUGCAGGCGGCCGAGGCGGCCGAUUAUGCCCUCAAAGAAGCGGCCAAGGCUUCACGAGUAGAGGCUGGAGUGGAGGCGCCAGAGGUGCCCCUCACUUUCCGCGAGAAGCUCGAGGCCCUCAAGAACGCCAAGGAGGAGGAGGAGGUGAACGAGGAGUUGGGUGAACCCGUCGAACCCGUGUCCCCGUGGCUCGGGUUCCAGGCUCUCGGAAUCGCGACGGCGAUCGUGGGCGUCAGCGCCGGUCUUGGCGUGUGGGGAGCGGCCAAGUUCCUCGGUGUGAACAGUAUGGAGGAGUUUGCUGCGCGCAUGCGCGGCUCGCUCGAGGAGACAUACCCCGAGCUCAUUCAGCAGGUACGGCGCGAGGGUGACGAGGCGCCAAUCGACGCGCCCAACCUCCUCACCAGGCAUGGAGAGUUCAACGAGCCCAAGUUUGACGACUGGAUCCGUGGCAUAGAGGCCGAGGAGGCGGCGGAGGCGGCAUCCAUCAAGGCCGCUAAAGCAGAGGGUACUCUUCCCAAGGGGGACGCGGCGAACUACGGCUCCAGGCCGCAGGACAGUCGCGUGCUUGCCGAGCUCGCAGCCAAGCGUGAUCAGGAGAGCGACGUGCGCCUCGUCUAG